AUGACGCCCAAUUCGGGCCUGCUGCGUCUUCCCAACGAGUUGAUCAUCCAGAUUGCCAAGUCAUUCCUACAGGAUACUGAUCCAUUCGAAGAACAAAAAGAAGCACCGACCACACCAUUGCGCUGCCUUUGCUUGACUUGCCGGCACCUGUUACCCAUUGCGCAGCUGGGCUCGUUUCUCACAUUACCCUUGAAGAUGUGUAUUCAACCAUCCUUGUUCAUGAGAACAUUGAAGGAGAACAGCACCUCCGCAACUACGUUAUCAAAUGUCAAUACAUCGAGGCCUUGGAAGAUCCUCGACGCCAGCACAAGAAAUUCCCAUGAGGAACGCAGGGUUCUCGAGCAAAUUAAAAAGUCAACGCGUUGCCAUGCCGGCCACCAAGCCUGCACCUUCGGCUUGUGGCCAGGAUUCACCGAAGGACACGUCACAUCUAGCCCAAACAUCUGCACCUGCAACCUAUGCCGUUAUAGCAUUACUCAACUUGGACGACUGGACCCUAUUGAGUUCAACAAAAGGUAUUCGGCUCUGCACGUUGCCUAUGCCAUGCUUUUUUGCAUGUUGCCCAACGUGCGAAGAUUGAAAUUCUUGGUCCACGAGAUAUCGCCAUGCGAUGAAGACCACUCCCGGGAUCCCGACGGCUUCGGCGAAGCCUUCCUCAAUGAGAUCCUGGCCAACCUUCUUAAGAGUAGCGAUACUAGAUCAUUAGUUCUCCCAAGACUCAAAAUCGCGACUUUCACCCUCGACAGCCCGCCGAACGAGUGGGGACGGGCCAUACUGAGCACAUUUUUCCUCCCUUCGCUGCUCACGCUACCUUCGCUGAGGCAGCUUGUUGGACGCCUAGACAUCAAUCCUGGCGCGGUAGGACCCUUUACGGCUACCCAGGCUCCGGCGUUUGGAACUUUCUUCACAUUGGAUUGA